UCAGUGGCAGGAAGCCGUCUGAGGAAUACUGAAGCGUCAGGAAAAAUCAGUCCGAUAGCUGCAAUCGCUUCUGCUUCUUCUGCCGCUGCGAAUGCGACUUCUGUCGGAAAACAACGCUCCACCGAACAACUAAUUGAAACCGCAAACAAUGAAAAGGAUUCCAAGGAUCCAGCUUGUGAUGCUGCUGAAGUCAGUCCUGAUAAAGGCACCAGCAACAAUACGAAUUCCACUACAAUAACAACAAUGGCUUCAGCUACUCUCGAUGUCGAUGAGGACGAUGACGUCUUCUACGAUGCACGAAGCGAAGAGUCUCUUAGCGUUGGUCCGCGCCGGAGACAAAAAGAUCAAUUUCACUGCACCAGCAGCUCAAUAACCACUCCAUCCUCAUCACCUCACAAUGCAGCAACCAAUCCAACUGCAGCCACUAAUCCCAAAAAGGACCCACCAUCAUCAGACAACAGCAGAGCUGAUGCAGUUCCAGGGCCCAUUACAAGCCCCCGACUCCACAAAUCAACCAAAUCCACCAUCAGCUGUGAUACAUGUUGCCAGCUGGAGGACUCUCCCAUUCCGACUCCACGAAAUCCCUCACCCGUUGGAAGUAGUAGUUAUGUUGCCAGCAACAUAAAUUCUCCUACGUCACGCAAGGCAAGUGUUGAGUAUGCGCUAAGCAGACGAAUUCCACAAAGCCCCAAAUCACCAACCACCCCCACAAAACGGAACAGCGAUGGUGAAAGCUCUCGCAAAAAUUCUGCACACAAUCCACAGGUCAAUGAAACCAUCGACAUUCCAACAACAACAAUUGCCAACACAAACAGUGGAGACUUACUCCAAGUGAGCACACUAACUACGGAGACUACAGCCACCAGCUCCAACAAUGGCUCCCCAACUCACCACGAGACAGCAGCAACAGUCGUCUCUACUGCUACUGCUGCUGCUCUUCCACCAUCAUCACCAACCAUCACCACCACUGCUCCACCAACAACAAAACCAGCAACAGCAGCAUCACCAUCACCAGUUACCAUAUCGGUAACAACAACUUCUGCGGAGGAGGCUGUUGCUGGCAACAAAGCCAACAGUGAGCUCAGUCGUGAUUCGGAUAUCACAGGUGUCGUAGCGUCGCCAUUCAAAGCAAACAGAGAUUUAACACCCGAAGCAGCACUUCGAUCUCCCUGUAGACCAAAACUCUCUCGCCAAGAUUACUCAUGCAUCGAUUCAACAAGUGAGGCAGCCUCAACCGAUGAAAGUCAUUUGACUAAAGAUUCUCGUUGCAGUUCAAACGACCGUACAUCAAUCACCGACAAAAUUGAUAUCUCAAAUCUACCGCUGCCAGCCCUUCCACCAAAAAAACGACGUAGUCGUUCUCGUCCCUCCCUUGCCUCCUCCGCUCACACCCUAUCUUCGUCCAUUACCACACCUGAGGAUAAUAAUGUAAAAGAUACCUCACCACUUUCCGAUCGCACUUCCUAUCAAAAAUACGCUGCAAAACGUCGUGAAAGUCUUGAAGCUUCAACACGAAGCUUUAACGAAAAACUCAAAGCUAGAAAAAUGCAUUUCCAUAGCUUGGGUCAGACUUCUGCAGCGUCUAGUUCCCAAAAACCCACCUAUCUAUUUGGAGAGAAUCGUUCCAGUAAAAAAACCAACAAUGAGAUUUUCCUCAAUAAAUCCGGAUGGGUUCAGGUGAAUUCGAAACGGAUCAACAAUGAAAACUCCCCUGGAAGUCACAAUCGAAGAUCAAACUAUCUGCGAUAUGAUAAUCAUCACAAUGAUGCUGCAAAUCUGAAGAAUACAAUCCGUGUUAUAAAAAUCGAUAAUACGGGACGUGAUAAGUCAUUUUAUGCAGUGCCCAAGGUGUCAGGUAGCAAGAUCGAGGAGUUAAUUUCACGAAAUGAAGCACGACGAAAUACUUCAGCCACCAGGGGCUAUCUUAAGCCAGGCUAUAAGAUUGUGGAUCCUCAGAUUGCUAGCAUUUUGAACGAAAGACCUGGAUUUCUGCCUGUCAAAAGCUACUUUGACUCUGAAUCUCCACCUCCUGUUACCCCUAUUCUUUCCCCACCACCAGCAUUUCAGGACUCCAAAGCCAAGUACGAACGUCCUGACACUGCAAUCCGUCUUCAAAUCACCACUGGCAAUAAUAUAAAGUACGAUCCCAAUAAGGUCGGCAAAGGCGGUAUGGUUUUUAGUCGAAGUUUCGAAUAUGACACUCGUAAGACUCCAAAAGACAACUAUGUUGAAACCUUCUCGAGAAGCUUCGAUUGCAAUCUUUCCGACAAACCACCACCCCAACGUGAUAGAUCACCCAACUUUAGCACUCUCACCGGUUGUUCGCCUAACUAUUUAACGAAAAAAGAGAGCACUCUAAAUAAAAGCCGUGAUAAUUCACCAAAAUACCAGCAAAAUCUUACCACUGCCUAUAUGAAUACGUCUGUGAAAGAAGCGCCACCUGUGUAUAGUCAACCGAGAAAAUUGGAGAAAGCCAAAACACAGUUCGAUCGAAGUGGUCGAUCGAGAAAGGCUCAGUUUUCGUCAAGGGUGCAGAGUGCGAGUGGUAUGGUGGUGCCACCAUCAAUAGCAAACAUGUCGAGGUUUCGCAGUUUCGACACGAACAUAAGUCAACGCCUUAAUUCAUGUGAUAGCGGUGCACGAUCAGAUCUCUCCAAUGACGAGCUGGACAACGAGGAAGAUGAAUCAACGGAAUUUCUCACAACAAAUUACCACAAUAUCUCACCCUAUAAACAACAGCGACAACGUUCACUAACCCCCGAUCGCAACGAUUCGCAUAGUUCGUCGAGUAGUUUGCGCAAACAAAGAUCAAUUACACCGGAAAGUCGCUCAUUGACACCGGAAGAUCGACGAAAAAAGGGUUCACAAGGCUCCUUGAUAGGAUCACGCCAGAAUUCCGGUUCACGCAGCAAUACUUUGGAGAGAAAUAAGAAAUAUGAAGACAAAUCACGCAGUGCAUCACGCAGUUCGUCUAGUUCAAGCUAUAGUGGACGUGAGCAUGAUGGUCAGCAAACAUCGACGCCACAUCGACGAUCCAAUGCUAGGAAUGCAAAGGCUGCCGAAGAUCAUCGUAUACGACGAUCGAGAUCGCUUCAAUUGACAGAACGAUCUCCGAAUCGAUCGCACAAAAUAAUGGUUUGCGUUGGUCAGCCUAUUCCUCCAAAUCAACCCCCAAUCUAUCAUCAGUCAUCCCUGAGAUCCUCCCAGAAUAGUGCAUUUCCACCGGUUAUUCGAACAACUACUAACCCACAGCAGAUCCUUGUCACUAACGCCAACUCCAAUCGCAAUACACGAUCUUCAGAAGUUGACAAGAGUCGAUCGUUUGACUUUGAUUAUGGGACGUACAGCAAUCAGAAUGUGCCUAGUCGCCUGGACUUUGUCGACAAGAGUCGCUCCUUCGAUGAAGAUUAUAGGGAAACAAGCAAUAAUAACGGAAAUGCCAGCAUUAAUAUGCGCUAUCUGCAGACCACUGACGUCCCUGGACUUAGGAAAAUGCGCAAAACCUCCCCGGUGCCAUCGCCUCAGUCCUCAGGAACUGGUUCGAGCACAACCCUUGGGCCACGUCAAACAAGUCCGCAGAACUACGGAACGCGGCUGUGUGAUCAUGAACUGACUUACGACAUGCUCCGAAGAUCACUUGAUCGAUCACCGAUCAUGGACUUUAGCCGGGACUAUGACAUCCCCGCAUCCAUGAAGAACCGUGAAACUAUCAAUGCCGGUGGAAACAGCGAGCUGAACUUUCUGAGCAGCAGUGAGCGGAUAUACGAUCAUCCGACAACCAAGCGUCCCAAUCAGUCACCAAGUGACAGCAACUAUUCACUCGAUCGUCUGCACAAUUCCCGUGACAGCAUAACUCCCGACUCAGCCAAUGAAUUCAAAUCGAUUGUAACCAGUGACGAUCGGCUGCGAUCGGAGUACCUCUACCGACAACAGCAGCAACAACGAUCACACCAGGGAACCAAUCGAGGAAGUUCUUGUACGGCUAAUACCUGCGAUUUUUGGCCACAUUGUGGUGCAAAUUACAAUCAAAUCGUAUCAAAUGCUAAAAUCCAACCACAUCAACAUAAACACCAACAAUUAUUGCAUUCUCAAUCGCUUUCGCAAUCGCAAUCGCAACAUCAUCAAAAUCAACUUCAACAACACCAACAACAACAACAACAACCACAUCCAAUUAAACGUCAAAUGAAAGCAAGUAGUGUUGAAGUGCCAAUUCAACAUCAUAAGCCAUUUUCUGUGAAACGUCAAAUUAAAUCAAGCAGUGUUGAUGUGUCAAAUAAUGUUCGUGUUAGCGCUAGUAACGCCACUCUCAUUAGAUCGGACAGUAGAAGAACUACAGAUUUAAGAACUUUUAAUGGUGAUUCGCGUGGACAUUUGAUAAAUUCUUAUCAACAAAAUGAUGCUCGUAAUCGAGUGAGUUUGAAUAAAAAUAAUAAUUUCUCGAGAACAUCUAUACGGGUCGAGGGGAAUUCGAGGAGUCGUCCGAGUGUCACUCCACUUUCGACAUCAACAAUGUCGAUUUACUUGGGUAACUGUGAAAUGCCUAUAACGAGGGAACGAGAAUAUCAUGGAUCACCGACGGCAAGUGGAACGUCAUCGGGCAGUGGUGGGAGAUAUUUGCAUUCACCGAGUGGUGAAUGGACAUCGUCCGAUGGCACACGGUCGAGGACAUCGAACAACAAUAAUAUAAACAAAAGUAACAAAAACAACAACAAUUGCAACAUUUCAACGAAAUCGAAUUGCACAUCAUCAACAACUAUUCCAAAUGCAAAUAAGUCGUCGUCAACGGAAACGACAACAACAUCAGUAGCAGGAGCACCAGCAGCAGUAGCAGCAGCAACAAUAACUCCAACAACAACAACAAUAGCAGCACGUGAACGUAUCCGCAGUGUAUCGCUACCGAACAUUCUCAAUAUAUCCGAAUCACAAUUUGAAACAACGACAACGAAUGACGGUAUUAGUGUCAUUGGCAUAAGUAGCAGCAAUGAUGUCAAACGAGAUUUAUUUUCUAGUACUUUGCAAAGCCAAAUACGUGCAGUCUCUAGUCCUUCACUCUCUGACCACCCACUGGAUGCCAAUACAAGGAAUAACAACCACAAUGAAUACAAAGCUAGUGGAAAAGAUGCCACCCACAGCCUUACGUCGUCGUCGUUGUCAACAACAACAGCAACAACAACGGCUACUAAUGCAGUCCUUGUGAAUGGCCAUCGUGGAGGAAACACAACAUCAUCUUCAACGACAAAUGGAUCGGCUGGAGUCCUGCAGAAAUUCAAAAGGACAUUUUCCAAUUUCAAUAAACAGUCGAACGGUGGCAGUAAUAGUAGCAGCAACUCAUCAGCUACAGCAUCGGCUUCAGCACCUUCAACGAAUACGGUAACAACACAGAGUCAGCUAUUACAACAGAUUCCAGUUCCAGUAUUAGAGAUGAGCGAUAAUACGGCAAAGUAUCGUUUUGGACCUUUAAUUUGGCGUUCGAGUAAGGAACGUCGAAAGACCAAAUACAAUCGUCGUGAUAAAUGUAACAGUGGGGAUUCUGGAAUCCAAAUUGAAUUGGAGAACGAUGAGACUUUUGCUGGAAUGGAAAUUAAUGGAGCAUCUCUGACUUCGACGCCAAAGUCAAGAAUACGACGUGCUAAUUCAGCCAAGGCGACUAGUUCUCCUACAUCGGCAUUGACGGCCAAGGCCAAGGCGUUGAAGAAAAUUGAAAGCUACGACAGUCGGAUGGUGCCGACUUCGUUGCCCGCCAGGAGGUCAUUGAGUCAGCCAAGUGGAUUGGAUCGAGUCACGCGAACUGAUCUCGAUGAAAGUGACACGGAUAGUGUGUCAUCACAUCCUGACUGUCAUGAAGGUCAACACCGUCCAAUGUACGCCGAAGUGAUGCAUAAUUUUACUCCAGCUGGUCAGCAGGAACUCGCCCUUGUACGUGGUAAUCUAGUCGAAAUUCUUCGCAAAGAAGUCGGCCCCUGGUGGUAUGGUCGAAUAAAAAGUGAUGCAGUUGUUGAGACCCUUUUCGAGCCACAAUUGGGUUGGUUUCCCAAAGAUUUUGUACGACCCAUACAAUUCCCCGAAUCUGAUGGUACAUUCACUUAUCGACAACGUAAACUUACUUCUCCGUCGCUUGAUGAUACUUUAGUUGCGGCCACUUGCAGUAUAAGUCCAAAUAAUGUAACCACAAUUGUUGUGGAUCAUCCGUCGCCCGAUGCCAGUCCAAAGAAAAUUCAAUUAGAAAAUGCCUGCCUGAGAAAUAAUGCCAUCAAGGAACUCCUCGAAACUGAGAUAAAUUAUGUUAAAUUACUGGGAUCUCUUUGUAAUGGAUAUCUCCCGGCAAUGAGAAAACGUAUUGAUAUCUUCUCAACUGAAAGUCUGAAUUUGAUAUUUUCGAAUAUUGAAAGUAUUUGGAAGUUUCAACAAAGCUUUCUUGAUUCUCUCAAACGUGGCAUUGAAAUUGAUCGUAUUGCUCAGGUGUUUUUACGACAUCAAUCUGGAUUUUUGGUCUAUUCAACGUAUUGCAAUUCAUAUCCACGUGCACUUAUAGAGCUAGAGACUUAUUCACGCAGCAAGGAAGCUAAAGUCGUCUUAGAAAAUUGCCGACAAGCUGAAAAUCUUGCUGAGUUACCAUUGUCCGCCCAUUUACUUGCUCCAAUUCAAAGAAUUUGUCGUUAUCCACUCCAUUUGGCGGAAUUAAUUAAGAACUCCUUUAACAGUACCAAUGAGAACGGUGAUUCAAUCGAUGAAAUCGAUGCUAGUCUCUUGGAUAUUGUUGAUUCUAAAGAAAUGCUUGAUGCAGCUCUUAAGGCCAUGAAAAAAGUUACCGAGGCUGUUAAUGAAGGAAAACGUCAUAGUGAAAACUUAGCCCGCCAUCAGUCCAGCUUUGAAAAUUUCACUGGUCCACCCCUACAUUUCCAUAGCACUCGUUACUUUACCCAAAUCGAUGCAACUCGUGUCUCACCGAAUCUCUGGAACAAUACUUACACCCUGUUUCUUUUCGACCAUCAGCUGAUUUACUGUAAAAAGGACAUUCUCAAACGCAAUCACUUCAUCUACAAAGGUCGAAUAUUUUUAGACAAUUGUCGCAUCCUAAAUCUCCCUGAUGGAAAGAUUUUCGGUGCCACUGUGAAGAAUGCUCUACGUAUCUAUUGUGAAUCUCGAAAUAAAUGGUUUGACUUCAGUUUUCGAAGUGCAAACCGUAAGAAACGCUUCCUAAGUACCCUAGCGCUGGAGCGACAAUUUUGUGGAAAGAAUCUUUUCAUAUCGGAAUUGGCUGGCGAAGAGGAUGAUAAUUUGUCAGAUCGCGAAUAUCACAGCGACUAUGAGGCAAUGACGACGACAACUAUUCUAACACCAACCGGAGAGAAUCACUACAGCAGUGUGCAGUUAAAUUGGAAGGAGAAUAUCUACGAUGAAAAGUCUCCAGAAUCUCCAGCAAAACAACAAAAGUACAGUGACACUCUGCCAAAGAAAUCUCGACAAAUUAACUCGAAAGAAGGUUAUGAAUAUAAUACAGGCUCGCUGGGACGUCGUCGGAUAGGAAAUUGGUUUCGCAAGUCGAAGAGCACAAAUUCCACACCGAAUCAGUCCCCCACACACAAUCCGAGUGUGAUUAUAUUCAAUUCAGACAGUUCUUCGCAGAGUAGUCCGGCUUUGGGGAAAAAUAAAGCAAAAGACUCUUCAGGAUCAUCGUCCUGAAGGAAUAUGCGAUUGUAAAAAUAAAACAAAAAUAGAGUCGAACUCGAUUUUAGUCUACAAUUAUUAAUAAAACAAAAUAAC